UCAGUAUCUUGAGAGUCGCGUGUCGUGGAGCACAGUUUAAGCUUGCGAUUGCUGUUGAUAACAGAACAUGGUAAUGGAACAACUUAAUUUGCAAGUGUUUUAAGACUACAAAUAAAGAAAACCAAACAAAAAUGUUUUAUCGUGUUCGUUACUUGCGGCAAGUGCUUGUUCUUGCAUUGUUCAUUGCAAUUGGACUAUCAGGAGUAACAGCCAAUGUUCUAGAUGUUGACAGUCACGACUUGACAGUGUUGGUAAAUGACAACAAAAGUUUUUUGGUCUAUGUCAGCGACCAAUUAACUGAAGAUAUCGAUGUGACUUUGAUCAAGCAACAUGAGUAUCAUCUGGACCUGUACCCCGAAACCUUCUCAUGCCGUAAGGGCAUAUCAGCCGAACAAGUAGUUGUUGUAAGGGGUCGAGCGGCGGGUCAUGUGGAGGUCACAGCAAAGAGCAGCUCCAAAGAUGCAUCCCUCACUGAAAAUCUGUUUGUUCGGGUCGUUGUGGCCAAGUCGGAGGCCAUAAUCUAUUCUUCCAUUGUCUUUGGCUGGAUAUAUUUUGUAGCCUGGUCCGUGUCGUUUUAUCCACAGAUCUGGAUCAACUACCGACGCAAGUCGGUAGAGGGCCUGAACUUUGAUUUCAUAACAUUGAACAUAGUUGGAUUCACAUUGUACAGCAUGUUCAAUUGUGGACUCUACUUCAUCCAAGGCUUGCAAAACGAAUAUAGCGAACGGCAUCCGCGCGGCGUCAAUCCGGUUAUGCUGAAUGAUGUCGUCUUCUCACUGCACGCCAUGUUCGCAACAAGCAUCACAAUCGUGCAAUGUUUCAGAUAUGAGCGUGGACAGCAACGUGUGUCGAAAGUCGCAUAUGGUCUGUUGUCAAUAUUUGCGCUUAUUGUGAUCAUAUCAGCGGGACUGGCUGGAGGAUCUGUUAUAGACUGGCUGGAUUUCCUAUACUACUGCAGCUAUAUCAAAUUGGCGAUUACAAUUAUUAAGUAUAUUCCACAAGCGCUAAUGAACUAUAGGAGAAAAAGUACAGAAGGAUGGAGUAUUGGUAACAUUUUAUUGGACUUUACUGGAGGUACACUGAGUAUGCUGCAAAUGUUGUUAAAUGCCCAUAACUAUGACGAUUGGCCUUCAAUAUUUGGUGAUCCAACCAAGUUUGGGCUUGGCCUAUUUUCGGUGCUCUUUGACAUAUUUUUCAUUCUACAACAUUAUGUGUUUUACAGGCACUCGAACAAACGUACAGAAACAGUUUCUGAUUUGACGACAGACACUGUGGUCCCAAAUGAUGUUCAUAUUGAUACAACAAUAAAACAGGGUUAAGCUUAAGUAAUCAUAAU